AUGUUAAAACGUAGUAAUGAUGAUGCUCAUCAAUUGCAAGGUAAAUCGCCUGGAAAGAAACGGAAGGUUUUGGUAACAGAUUUCUUCCAAAAGAAGACGAGUUCUGAAGAACAGACCAAGGCCACGGGUCAUGUCGAUAAGGCGUUUAAAAGUAUCGAGAAGGCUGAAUCUAAGAGUAAUAUCGAAUCCAUAACGACCGUUAGUAGUCCAGCUGCCAAUGUUACUGCUUAUGAUAACAGUCUGUUAAGCCUGGAAUUGCAAACCAUAGACGCGUCCUGGCUGGAACGAUUAAGACCUGAAAUCAACAAGCCAUACUUCCUUAAACUGAAACAAUUUGUGAUUGAUGAACAAAAAAGAUACACAGUGUUCCCUCCUGAACAAGAUAUAUAUUCAUGGACGCGUUUAACGCGUUUUGCGGACACGAAAGUGGUAAUUAUUGGACAAGACCCAUACCACAACUUCAAUCAAGCCCAUGGUCUAGCAUUUAGCGUUAAGGCCCCAACGCCUGCUCCUCCCUCGUUGAAAAACAUAUACAAAGAACUGCAGAUGAACAACUACUCUGAUUUUAAAGUGAAUUAUGCCUACGGUGAUUUGACGUCAUGGAGUAAACAAGGUGUGCUUUUGCUUAAUACAAGUCUUACAGUGAGAGCACACAAUGCAAACUCGCAUUCUAAGAGAGGCUGGGAACAGUUUACCAAGAAAGCAAUCGAUCUGCUCAUUGAAGACAGAGAGAAAAGUGGGAAACCAAUUGUGUUCCUCCUAUGGGGAAGUAAUGCCAUUAAAUUAUUACAGGAUAAAGUCAACAGGAUGCCUAAAAACUUCCUUGUUCUAAAAUCAGUGCAUCCAUCUCCACUGUCUGCUUCCCGUGGCUUUUUUGGAAACAAGCAUUUCAGAAUGAUUAACGACUUUUUAUAUGAGAACAAGCUACCAAUGAUCGAUUGGAGCGUCGUCCCGGAGUCUUCCUUGCAAGAGGUUACAGAAGCAAACAAAAAACUCCUUAAAAGUAAGAGUAGCAGUGACAUCGAGAACGCCCAAAACAGUAGCUAA